AUGAGAGGCCGAUCUAGAUCGAGGGAAAGGGACGACUGUCCCGACUGCGCCGGAGCCGGCCGCUCCCGACCACCUCAACGCUCCAUGUCCGGGGCCCGCUCGCCACCACCGCCCGAGCGACUCCCGUCUCCACCGCGCGACUACGACGCUCCUCGAGAACGCACCCGGUCCCUGUCCCCAGGCCCCAUCCACCGCGCCUGGCAUCGCCUCUGGCACCCCCAUCACCAUCACCACCACCAUCACCACCACAACCCCCCUUACUACGAACCCCAAUAUCCACCUCCUCCACCGCCUCUCAAAAACCCCGGGCCCUUCACCCUCCAAGUACACGACCGCACCGCCGACGACCCCCGCCCACAUAACCCCCACGGCCGCUCCUUCACCAUCACCGUCACGCCCGACACGAGACCCUGCGAUAUUAUAUUCAGCCUCGCGCCGCCGCGGAGCCGUUGCCUUGUUCUCGUGUGCUCGACGUUUCAGCCGGCGUAUGUCAUGCCGAAGGAUGUGUCGUUGCCGGAGAUUGCGAAUAUGCGGUGCUGGUUGGAGAUUGUUGAUGGUUGA